AUGACUCUCUCUAACGGUAACGGCCACAGCAACGAGAACGUCGAUCCCGCCCUCCUCAGGCGGCCCAACAUCGCGCUCUGGGUUACCAAGGACCACAAGAUCUACCAGAAGCAGGAAGCGUUUCCCGACUGCCCGCCGGACAGUUGUGUCAUCCAUGUCAAGGCGACGGGUAUCUGCGGAUCGGAGAUCCACUUCUGGAAGCAUGGCCGCAUCGGCGACUGCUGUGUCACGCACGACAUUAUCCUGGGCCACGAGAGCGCCGGGCAAGUCGUUGCCGUGGGUGCCAACGUGCGCAACUUGUCGAUCGGUGACCGUGUGAGCAUCGAACCCGGAGUUGCAUGCUGGGAGUGCGACAUGUGUAUCCGUGGGCGAUACAACCUCUGUCCCAAUGUUGUGUUCAGUGGCACGCCACCCAGCGACGGCACGAUGCGGCGCUUCGUUGCUCACCCUGCCCGCUUCCUGCAUCGUAUCCCUGACGAGAUGAGCUACGCGCUCGGCGCGCUCGUUGAACCGCUUAGCGUGGGGUACAACGCCGUGCUGCGGGCCAAAAUCUACCUGGGCAUGCCCGUGGUGAUUGCCGGCGCUGGGCCCAUCGGUCUUGCUGCUGCGUUGAGCGCUCGUGCAGCCGGCGCAUCACCUAUUUUGAUCACCGACUUGGAGGAGAGCAAGCUCGCACAGGCGGCCGUAUUCGGAUUCGCUGGGUUGGCUGUGUCCACUGAAUGGGACAGGAAGGACACGGCGGCGCGUAUCCGCCAGGCGAUGGGGUGCGCGCCCCAGCUCGUGCUCGAAUGCACUGGCUCUCCCGCGUCGAUCAACUCGGCGUGUUACGCGCUCGAGGACGGUGGGACGCUGCUACAGGUCGGGUGCGGCAAGCCCGACGUCGAGCUCCCCCUCAUGAGCAUGGGCUUCCGCGAGAUCAACGUCAUCACCUCGUUUAGGUACCAGCAAAGUUGGCCUGUGGUGAUCAGGUUGAUCCAGGCUGGCGUGUUUGGCGACGUUGGGGCAAUGAUCACUCACACGUUGCCGCUGGAGCGGGCCAUUGACGCUUUCGAGACGUGUGUUGACAGGAGCGCACGUGCCAUCAAGGUCCAGAUUGUAGACGAGUAG